AUGUCCAGUGAACAAGAUAUUUUGAAAUUUUGUGACAUUACAGGUGCCUCACCCGAAGUAGCUGAAAACUUCCUACAAGUAGCAGACAAUAAUGUUGAAAUGGCGGUAUCACUAUUCCUGGAGAACGGAGGAGAUAUGGUUGCCAAUCAAAGCCGAAAUAACCCACCCAGUGUAAACUCUUCUAGACCAUCUUCCAUCAACUCGGAGCACAUGUUGACAGACGAGGAAUUCGCAAGACAAAUGCAGGAAAGUGAACAAGUUAGAGCUCCCAUUGCGCCAAAAAAUGAUAUUCUUGCAGGAGUUGGAUCUAGUAGACCCUCUGUAUUCAAUCAAGGCGAUUCGGCCACAGGAUCUGUUUCAGACUUUUUGAGUAGAUUAAAUUACGAAGGUAAUUGUAAUGGAUCAUCAUCUCCUAUUGAGUCUUUAGGUAGCCCUGCAACUGCAAAAGCAAAAAGAUUAGCUGAUCUCUUUAGACCACCAUUCGACAUCAUGUACCGCGGAAACUUUGAAGAAGCUAGAGAUACCGCUAAAGAAAAGAACAAUGGAUAUCCUCACCUCGCUAUCAUUGACGCCCGUACUGGUGAGCGUGUAAAGGUUUGGGAAAAGCAGAUUGGACCCACUGAUUUUAUGAUGGAGAUCACCGAAUUUUUAGAGCAAAACUCUCCUGAAUCAUCCACGAGAUCAACAGCUACAAUGAAAAGACCCAGAGUUACAAAGAAUUUCUCUGAUAUGAGUGAGGAGGAACAAUUAAAUGCUGCCAUUGCAGCGUCCUUGACAGGACCUAAAUCAGAAUCACCAGAAAGCUCAAAAAUGGAACUUGAAAGCACUCCAAAAUUGGAUGAAGAAGAACCAAAAGAAAAGGAGAUAGUACAAGUUGAAGUGGAAGAAAUUAAGGCUGGAUCUACUUUGGAUGGCAUCAAAGCUAUCAAAAGAGACGAGACAACUGAUAUGGCCAAUUCAACUCGUAUUCAAUUAAGAUUAGCUGAUGGAAGUAGAAUGAUCAGAAGGUUUUUAAAGUCGGACCCUGUUCGAUAUAUAUUUGAAUUUGUCAAAGCUGAAGUACCGAAUGCUGAUACCCAACCUUUUGAGGUAAAUCCCCAUUUUUCUUCUUACCAAAUUAUUACUCAAUUUUUUUUUUUUUUUUUUUUUUUUUUUUUUUUUUUUAGCUGGUAUUUAAUCGUGCUCAACUUAUCGAUCUUCUGGAUCAGUCAAUUUUAG